UUCCGACAACUACUGUAAUCAUACACAAGAUAAUUGACCUAGCAUUAUUACUCGUCGAACUCAUCAACUAUGCACCUCUUGGACAUGCCUUUGAGAGGCUGAAUUUAGAGGUCUGUCUGCGAUGGACGUAGACGUUGAUCUGGAGUCCCUUGGUAUACGAAUGUUCGAACUCUCGUUGACUGCCGGUGCUGCAGGGAAUGAACAAUGGAGAAAAGAAGCUGGCACGCACAAAGAACGAUGGAACCCAUAUGAGGGCCUCCCAGAGCACUGGAAUUAUGCUGUUGAUCCCGGACUGAAUCGCGGAUAUGUAUUUUUUGUUGAAAAGACUGAAUACAAGGAUAUAUUGGCUUCACGCAACAGGGUGGGCAAUGCCCAGGGGAAGAGCAUGUGUUCUAGCCACUCUACAGUCAACCUGGCGGAAACAAGGGCUUCUGGUGGACUUGCAGCAACGGAUGCAGGAACCAUUGAUUGUGCACGGCACAAUUUUAAACGCCCUUGUUCAGUUGGCGAUUUUCAAAAGGGGGAGAGGUACAUCAACAUGGAUUAUCUGUUUUUUUCAAGCAUGCGUUCUUCACACGGCGUUCACGUCCUCAACAUAUCUUACGACAUUUCCUGCCAAUGGAACAAAAACCUUUGGUCGCGCAUGUCAGCAUUCCCGCACAAAUAUCAUAUCAACCACAACGAAAAGGUUAUUACAUUCCUUGUACCUAAAUUUCACCUACCAGCGCACAUUGCUUGUUGUCAAAACAGGUUCUCGUUCAACUUUAUCAAGGGUGUUGGGCGGACGAAUGGCGAAGCUCCGGAGCUACUGGCGAGAUGGGACCCGGAUCCAGGAGAGAGGCCAUUGACAACCACUUUAACGAUUGGAAUUGGAAGAAAGUCUGCUAUGGGCGCCAUUCUUCUCCGAAAAUAUAAGGCCGCGGUACCUGAGGCUGAAGAACAUGCUCGUGAUCUUGACGAAUUCGAGGCUGCCCUUGAUGCAGACCAAUUAGCUGUGUGA